AUGGCUGGCCUGAGCGUUCUCCUAGAGACCCACGAGAGCAACUCCAUCAAGGCCAAGAUCAUCAGCAAGGCCACUCUCCAUAGCCCCAAGAUCUCCUCGUCCCCUUGGUCGCCGGCAGCGAGGCCCACCGCAAGCACGGGUUCCUUCUUGCAGCGCUGCUUGCUGUGCCACAAGGAUCUAGCCGAGAACAAUGACAUCUACAUGUACAGAGGUGACAAGGCGUUCUGCAGCGUGGAGUGCCGGUGCAGGCAGAUCUUCAUGGACGAGGACGCCGGCAGCAGCUUCUGCGCCAAGGGCGCCUCCACCGCCGCCGUGCGGUCCGGCCGCCGCGCCAGUGCCACCGGCGGCGGCGUGAGCUUCGCGUUCUGA